CGUGAGGCGGAGCUUUGCUGCCGCCUCGCCCCGCGCCCGCAGGCGACCGCCUUGGCGUUCCCGGAAGUUGAAGGCCUUAUAGGCGUGGAGCUGAUUGGGAGAUCUUGGCGGUGCACUUAGCCAGGGUUUUCUCCAGGUGUUUUAGUUGAGUUCGGGGGCACUAUGGCCAGGUCGAGUCAGUACCUUCGCCAACUGCAGGGACCUCUGCUCCCACCCAAGGACCUGGUGGAGGAGGAGGACGACGACUACCUAAGGGACGACGUGGAGGAGGAUGAAGACUCGGUGUUCGUGGACGCCGAGGAGCUUUGCAGUGGGGGCGUAAAGGCUGGGAGCCUCCCCGGGUGCAUCCGCGUUUUGAUUCAUGAUGAAAACACACAAGAGAAAUGUAAAGUGUUUGGACGUUUUCCUGUAACAGGUGCUUGGUGGAGAGUGAGGGUACAAGUAAAGCCUGUGGUGGGAUCAAAGAGCUAUCAAUAUCAAGUUCAAGGAUUUCCAUCUUACUUUUUGCAGUCUGAUAUGUCACCACCAAAUCAAAAACAUAUCUGUGCCCUCUUUCUUAAAGAGUGUAGUGUCCCCAGUGAUUAUAUUAAUCAGUUUUUAACAUGGAUAAAUAAAGUAUCAAACUACAGAAACCUAAACUUUGAAAAUCUUAGGGAAACACUAAGAACUUUCCAAAAGGAAACUAUAAGGAAAAAUCGAAAGCAGCCUGCACGGAAUGGCCAGCAAGAUUUGUUCCCAGACAAUGAGAUGAGUCUUCCUCUGGAAAGCACAGUUCCAUUUAAAAAUGUAAUGACAGCUUUGCAGUUUCCGAAAAUAAUGGAAUUCCUACCAGUUCUUCUGCCUCGACACUUUAAAUGGCUCAUAAGUUCAGGUUCUAAACAGGUGUUGAAAGAGAUAGAAGAGAUUUUAGGUACGCAUCCAUGGAAACUUGGAUUUAGUAAAAUAACCUACAGAGAAUGGAACCUGUUGCGAUGUGAGGCAAGUUGGAUAGCGUUUUGUCAGUGCCAGCCUCUUCUCCAGUUGAUGGCUGACUUGGAGAAGAAUGCAUUAAUAAUAUAUUCAAAACUGAAGGAGAUGUGUAGAGAACAUGGGCACACAUACGUUGAAGUAAAUGACUUAACUUUGGCAUUGUCACGUCACAUGUCAUUUCCUGAUGCUUCGGAGUCUCUGAAGUUUUUGAAGGAUAUUGGUGUGGUAACAUAUGAGAAGGCCUGUGUCUUCCUUUACGACCUUUACCAGGCUGAAAGAGCCAUCGCCUUUUCAAUUUGUGACCUGAUGAAGAGCCCUCCGUGGCAUUUAUGUGUUGAUGUCAAAAAGGUGCUUGCCUCUAUUCACACCACAGUACCUGAGAAUUCAGGAAGGGAUGAUGAACUGAAUGAGAGCAAACCUGAUGAAGCAAGAUUAGAAAAUCCUGUGGAUACACAGGACGGUGAUGACCGUAUUUUGACGAAUGGUGAAAGUGAAAUUAAUGCAGAAAUAAGUGAAGUUCAGCUGGAUCAGGAUCAGGUGGCUGCUCUGGAAAUGAUUUGCUCCAAUCCUGUGACAGUCAUAAGUGGGAAAGGUGGAUGUGGGAAGACCACAAUCGUUAGCCAUCUUUUUAAGCAUAUAGAGCAGUUGGAAGAAAGAGAAGUAAAAAAGGCUUGUGAAGAUUUUGAACAAGACCAGAGUUCUUCAGAAGAAUGGAUUACCUUUACUGAGCAAAGUCAACUAGAGGCGAGCAAGGAUAUACAAGUUUUGCUCACAGCACCUACAGGGAAAGCAGCUGGCUUACUAAGACAAAAAACUGGUCUUCAUGCCUACACACUGUGUCAGGUCAACUAUAGCUUCUAUUUAUGGAACCAAAAAAUGAUGACAGACAAACCAUGGAAAUUUUCUUCAGUUAAAGUUCUGGUUGUGGAUGAAGGGAGUUUGGUAUCUGUAGGAAUCUUCAAAUCGGUCUUAAAUUUAUUGUGUGAGCACUCCAAACUUUCUAAGCUUAUUAUCCUUGGUGAUAUUAGACAGUUACCCAGUAUUGAACCUGGUAACUUGCUGAAAGAUCUUUUUGAGACUCUUCAGUCAAGAAAUUGUGCUAUUGAGCUAAAGACAAACCAUAGAGCAGAAUCUCAGCUAAUUGUGGACAAUGCUACAAGAAUCUCAAGACGUCAAUUUCCAAAAUUUGAUGCAGAACUAAAUAUCUCUGAUAAUCCAACAUUACCCAUCUCAAUUCAAGAUAAGACAUUUAUUUUUGUCAGGCUCCCAGAAGAGGAUUCCAGUUCUCAGUUAUCUAAAAAUAAUCAUCACUCUUAUUUAUAUUCUACAGUUAAAACUUUACUACAAGAACAUGACUUACAAAAUGCACAAACAUCACAAUUUAUUGCAUUUAGAAGGCAAGACUGUGACCUAAUUAACGACUGCUGUUGUAAACACUACACAGGCCACCUCAUCAAAGAUCAUCAGAAUAGACUUGUAUUUAGAAUUGGUGAUAAAAUUUGUUGUACCAGGAAUGCAUACCUCUCAGAGUUACUCCCUGAAAAUAUCUCUGGAAGUCAGCAAAAUAAUGACCUAGACGCCAGUGGUGAAGACUAUUCUGGUACUCUUCAUGAUUUUGCUAAAAAUAAGCACGACUUUGAAAGUAAUGUUCGACUAUGCAAUGGAGAAAUGUUUUUCAUAACAAAUGAUGUUACUGAUGUAACUUUUGGAAAGAGAAGAUUUUUGACCAUUAAUAAUAUGGCUGGCCUGGAAGUAACUGUGGAUUUUAGAAAACUAAUGAAAUAUUGUUGCAUAAAACAUGCAUGGGCAAGAACUAUUCAUACUUUUCAGGGGUCCGAGGAGCAAACAGUCGUCUAUGUGGUGGGGAAGGCAGGCCGGCAGCACUGGCAGCAUGUCUACACCGCAGUGACCAGGGGCCGCUGCCGAGUGUAUGUGAUUGCGGAAGAGUCUCAGCUCCGGAAUGCCAUUAUGAGAAAGAGUUUUCCUAGAAAAACUCGUUUGAAACAUUUCUUGCAAAAUCAGCUCUCCUCAAGUGGCACACCUCCAGCAGAUUUUCAGUCCCCACAGAAGAGCUCUGGAGACAGUGGAGGAUGCAGCACCCUGUCGGCAUCUCUACUGCCUGUAGUCACAGACCACACUGUGACAAAUGAUGUCACCUGGAGUAAAGCCUCUUUACCUGAUGAGAGGACACCAACAGAUUUUCAGUCCCCACAGAAGAGCUCUGGAGACAGUGGAGGACCCAGCACACCAUCAGCAUCUCUACUCCCUGUAGUCACAGACCACACUGUGACAAAUGACGUCACCUUGAGUAAAGCCUCUUUACCUGAUGAGAGGACACCAGCAGAUUUUCAGUCCCCACAGAAGAGCUCUGGAGACAGUGGAGGACCCAGCACACCAUCAGCAUCUCUACUCCCUGUAGUCACAGACCACACUGUGACAAAUGAUGUCACCUGGAGGGAGGCCUCUUCACCUGAUGAAAGGACACUCACCUUUGCUGAAAGAUGGCAAUUAUCUUCACCUGACGGAGUGGAUACAGCUGAUGAUUUAUCCAAAUUGAGAGCAUCCAAAAGAACCUGUGGUCUGAAUGAUGAUGAAAGUCCAAACAAAAUUCGUAUGGUGGGAGAAUCUCCACAAGUGUCUUCCAGACUUCAGAAUUUGAGACUGAAUAAUUUAGUUCCCAGGCAACUUUUCAAGCCCACAGAUCAUCAAGAAACUUAGUUUUAUUUCAAAUUGCUCAAAGUAACUAUAUUUUUCUAUUCAAGACACAAUGAACAUUGUAGCUUCAAAGUAUCAAGAUGAAAAAAGAAGCCUAUAACUGGAGUUUUAAGGUAUUUGUGUUAGCAAAUGUUUAAAAUUCAUUUAAUCAAGGAAAAUAUUAAUGAUUUCAGCAUUUGUCAUCAUGAGAACUGGUAGCACUGGACAUAAGUGAAGAGAUUAGAUAUUUUACAUACAUAUAUAUUUUUAUAAAAUUAUGUAUAUUAGGCAAGGUGUGGUGGCUCACACCUGUAAUCCCAGCAUUUUGGGAGGCCAGGGCAAGUGGAUCACCUGAGGUCAAGAGUUGGAGACCAGCCUGACCCACAUUGUGAAACCACGUUUCUACUAAAAAUGCAAAAAUUAGCUAGGCGUGGUGGUACACGUCUGCAAUCCUAGCUACUCAGGAGGCUGAGGCAGGAGAAUCGCUUGAACCCCAGCGGUGGAGGUUGCAGUGAGCAGAGAUCACACCACUGCACUCCAGCCUGUUUCAUUCCUGAUUUGAAUAAUUUGAGUCUCUUUUUUUCGUAGUUUAGCUAAAAGUUUAUGAGUUUUGAUCUUUUUAAAGGACUGACUUUUGCUUUCAUUGAUUUUCUCUACUGUCUUUCUGUUCUCUAUUUCAUUAAUUUUAACUCUUAUCCUAUUACUCUUAGGAGGGGCUCGUAAGGAGGGGUUGUAUGCUGACUUAAAUUAAGAUUUGGUCAAAGUUCAACAGCCUGGGGGAAGGAAGCUUAAUAUAUUCUCUAGAUCAGUGAGUACAAGCAAUUCAGCUAAUCAUUUAUGAAGCAAAGAAUGGAAAUUUUCAGGGCAGUCUGUGUCUGAUUUUGUUAUAAGUAGAUGGAGGAGCAGGGGAUGAACAUCUGUGAGUCUUACCGAAGUCACCUGGGGAAGGAUGGUUCUUUAUAAUAAGCCAUUUCCUGAAACACACAGGUGAUGGGCAGCAGGAGGGUUACUGUAAUGUUUUAGAAAUAAAAUUUCUUUAAUUCUGGCUAUGUUUCAGGGUAUAGGGCUCAGGUAAAGCUUCACACUGUCAAGAAGAACUUGAAAAUACCUUUUUUCCAUAAAACACAAUGAAACUAAUACUAUGUACCUGAAUAUUCCAAAGCACUAAUUCUCAUAUUAUAAAUGUACUAUUGGCCAAAAUACAAAUAACUGACACAAUUCAAAAUUCUGUAAAAUUUCAUUAAGAUCCUUUUGUAGGUCAUAAGUCUGAUGCAUGGGUGUUCACGUGAAUGUUGCGCCUCCCUCAAACCUUGUUUUAACAGCCAUUUUCUAUUGAUUCAUUUUAGUUUUGGCUACAACUGAAAUAUCCGUCUUUUAUGAGAUACAGCUUCUCAUUUGCCUUUAUUCACACAUUUCAUUGGCUUCAGCCUCAUGCGUGAUGCAGAAGUGAGGAGACACUAUCUAUAUAGUGCAAUAAAUAUUUGAACAGUUGCUUGGAUUUUUUGCAAUAAUAGAGUGUCACUUGGGGUCAUAUGACUCUCAGGUGCUAGAAAAUACUCUGCCUUUCAGAAUAUAACCCUGGGCACACUGAAUCCAAGCGGAUAAAAAUGAAUGUGAGUUUACAAGGCCUGCAAGGCAGUUUGCAGAAAUGAAAAUGUUGAGACUAUAGAUGUAGUUUUUUUUUUAAAGGUAGCAUAAAGUUUGUAUAUUUUAAUAGUUUAUGUAAAUCUAUCUCAUAGACUACAUGUAAUUUUCUCUGAGGGUGGAUGUUGUGAUACUUGACCCAAAUUUGUCACCUACAGUAAAUGUACCAUUAGUCUUGCAGGUGUUUCUGUGUGUAUGUUUUAGCCCAUUCUCCUAUAUUUCACUCCUCAUCUGCUGACUGGUUCUGUGGUACAGACAAGACCUUCAGUUUCAGGUAGAGAGGCUGACUCAUGGUGAGUAAAUUUCAUACUACCAUUAACUACUGGACCCUGAAAUCAAACCUGGAUCCAGUUUUAAAACCUAGGUUCCUACUCUUCAGUGGUGCUUUUCAGGUUGAUAGGAAAACCUUUCACCUUUAGAAUAGUAUACAAAAAUAAACAUUGUGGCCGAAUGUGGUUGCUCACACACCUGUCCAAGGCAGGUGGAUCACUUGAGGUCAGGAGUUUGAGACCAGCCUGGCCACAUAGUGAAACCCUGUGUCUAUUAAAAAUACAAAAACUAGCUGGGUGUGGUGGUGGGUGCCUGUAAUCCCAGCUACUCGGGAGGCUACGUAGGAGAAUUACUUGAGCCCAGAAGGCAAGAGUUGCAGUGAGCUGAGAUUGUGCCACUUCACUUCAGCCUCGGCAACAGAGUGAAACUCCAUCUCAAACAAAACAAAACAAAAAGCAAUGUAUAGAACUCAGGGUAGAACACUGAAAUAUAUUGAAAACAACAAUAAUGCAUGUCCUGUUUAUUUGGCUUUUUAAAAUCACUGUUUAUUCCAUUUGGUAGAGGGUUUUUUUUCCAUACAAAUAUUUGAACAAUUUUGAAUUCCCCAAAACCAUACAUAGACGAUAAAUACCAUGCUAUUAAAGUAUUAAAUUUGUACAAAAAUACUUUACAGUUUAAUACUUGUUUGUUACAAAUAAAAAUACAUAUUUAAGUGA